AUGAAUAUUCUUUAUUAACGCAUAUACAAUUAGUUCUCAAUUAUUGGUCCCUCAAAUUUAACUCAACAAUUCCAAGACAUCUAACCAGACACAGAACAUAUAACCAACAUUAUUGUCGUUGUAGGCACUCAUGAAUGUAAGAAAAAAGCACAUCAUUUAAGAAUCAAUGAAUAACUCCUCCUGAAAAUAGAAAAAGAUUCUACCAAACCUCCCAUUACAGAUUUAUCAUUCUACUACUUAGAUGUUCAUGAGUCUAAUUUAUAGUUGAAUAUCGACUAUAAUAUCUGCACUAUCUAAGAAGACGAUUCAAAAUGGCAUUAUUAGAAUGGCAAUUUAGAUUUUACCUAUGAUCUCUCCAAUGUAUUCGGUUACCAAACCAACAAUAAAACAGCCUUAGUACUCUGUUAGAGUGGAUGA